ACUAAUAUUUCACGCCAGGUGAUGCAGAUCCACAUCAAUCAGACCCCGAGACACAGUCAGCCUCAGCCAUGUCUCUGACUCUGAGAUUCUUUCACUCUUUUGCUUUUCUCUUCAUCUUCUUCCUCUCUACCAUACCUGCACUCUUAGUCCUUGAAAAUGAAGACUCAACAAUCAAAACCAUGCAGGAUUUCUCUGGAUACCCAGUUGAUGAACCAACUCAUUCUUUUACCUUAACUUCUCUAUCUGCCCCAUUUUCAGUUGAUUCUCAAACUCUGCAGAAACAGAUUGAUGAGCUCUCAACUUUCUCGGAUGCACCUGCCCCAGCAGUCACAAGGGUACUCUAUACUGACAAGGAUGUACUGGCACGCAGGUAUAUCAAGAACCUGAUGGGACUUGCUGGUCUUUCUGUUAGAGAGGAUGCUGUUGGCAACAUAUUUGGUCGAUGGGAUGGCUAUGAACCAGACCUCCCUGCAGUGGCAACAGGUUCUCAUAUUGAUGCUAUUCCAUAUUCUGGGAAGUAUGAUGGAGUAGUUGGUGUUUUAGGUGCAAUAGAAGCCAUUAAUGUACUCAAGAGGUGGGCCUUCAAACCUAAACGGUCACUUGAGAUAAUCUUGUUCACUUCAGAAGAGCCUACACGCUUUGGGAUCAGCUGUUUGGGAAGCCGCUUGCUGGCAGGGGAUGAGACGCUUGCUAAAGCUUUGAAGGCAACAGUUGAUGGUCAAAACAUAUCCUUCUUUGAUGCUGCAAGAUCUGCUGGAUAUGCAAGAUAUGAAGAUGACUUAUCCAGUGUGUUUCUAAAGAAGGGGACUUACUCUGCUUUUAUAGAGCUGCAUAUAGAGCAGGGGCCCAUUCUGGAGGUGGAAGGUGUUGCUAUUGGUAUAGUGACUGCCAUUGCAGCCCCUGCAAGUAUAAAAGUCGAUUUUGAAGGUAGUGGUGGCCAUGCAGGUGCAGUCUUGAUGCCAAAUAGAAAUGAUGCAGGGCUGGCAGCUGUAGAGUUAGCGCUAGCAGUAGAGAAACAUGUGUUGGAAUCUGGAUCAAUUGAUACUGUUGGCACAGUUGGUAUUCUGGACCUGCAUCCUGGAGCAAUCAACAGCAUACCUAGCAAAGCACACAUGGAAAUUGACACACGAGAUAUUGAUGAAAAGAGAAGGAACACUGUGAUUCAGAAAAUCCAUCAAUCUGCAAAUACAAUUGCCAAAAACCGCAGGGUCAGCCUUUCAGAAUUCAAGAUCGUAAAUCAGGAUCCACCUGCCCUUUCUGAAAAAUCAAUUAUAGAAGCAAUGGAAGCUGCAUCAAAGGAGCUAAACCUAACAAACAAGUUGAUGAUAAGCCGAGCUUACCAUGAUUCAUUGUUUAUGGCAAGGAUAUCUCCAAUGGGCAUGAUGUUCAUCCCAUGUUACAAAGGAUAUAGUCAUAAGCCUGAAGAAUAUGCUUCGCAGGACGAUAUGGAAAAUGGGGUCAUGGUUUUAGCACUAACCCUUGCAAAGUUGUCUAUGUCGUAAUAUAUUCAUUCUUCUUGUAAACUAGCCACUCAGAUUUUCUUGUAACAUUAUGAUCCUUUCUCAUCCCUGGAGCCAUCAAGAAAUUAUAUUGAUGUUUUAAAUAAAGAAACUUGGUUGGGAACG